AUUAAAGUUAGAUAAUUUUAAAAUAGCUAUUUGUGUUUCUCUAAGCAUACAAAAUUUGAAGAGGAAAGGCCUGAUUCUAUAAAAGAGAAAGAAAAUAGAAUAGAUUAAAUAAAUUACAUAAAUAUAUAGAAAGAUAAUUUCUAGGAGAUAGAUAUAAAACAUAUAAAAAAGCUGUAUCAUUCGAUUGGAUGAGACUAUCAGAUAUUAUACCUUUAUGGAUGAAACAUAUAAGAGAAUACGAAAAUAUAAAAGACACAGAUAGAUAAAUAGACUUAUUAGAUAUUUAAAGAUUGAUGAAGACAAAAUAUACAUUAGACUAAGUGGGAUUUGUACCUGGAUAAGGAACUUAAAUAAAUUUAUGGUAUGUUAUUGAAUUUGCAAGGAAUAGAGCACCAAAUAAAUAAAUGAUAUUUAUAGAUCUAUCAAAUGCUUACAAUUCAGUAAACAGAGAAAAAUUAAAUGAGAUAAUAAUAUAAAGAAAAUGGAUGGAUAAGGAAGCAGCAGAUUUUCUAAUGACAUUAUAUGAGGAAAUGUUUUUUUUGGAUCCAAUAAAGAAGAUUAAAAUAUUUUUGAAAAAUGGAGUACAUUAAGGAUCAUUAAUUGCUCCAAUACUAUUUAAUCUAUAUUUUAAUAAAUUAUUAAUUGAAUGGAGAACAAAAACUCUUUUAUGGCUCUAAAACUGA